AGUGGCGAAUUAGGUCGCUUGUGUCAAUAUUUUCUACAGCGACUCAUUUUCUUUCACACUAUAUAAUAAUUAUAAUAAAUAUUGGUACGAAAUUUAUUAUUUUACAAUGAAAAGAUAAAAAGAUGAUUAUCAUAUUAUAUGUUGAAAAUAAUAGUAAUAAUAAUAACAAUAAUAAAGAAAAAAAGGGAAAGAUUCAUAAACCUACUAGAAAUACAAAGAUACUUUCUCCUUAUAAAAGAAAGAAAGAAAAAAAAAAAAAAAACUGAAAAACAGAUCCCAUCCUUAGAAUCUAUAUCCUUUCUCUAAUAUAUAUGUGUAUAUACACAAAAACCCAUUCAUAAACCAAACAGACAGAAAAGAAGAGCUUCAGUUUUUUAUUAUCGAUGGACAUGGAGCCUGAGGAGAGUGGAUCUUUAACAAAACUAAACAAGUACAUUGCAAACACCCGGGUUGGCAAAAGAUUCAAACUCGCCGAGAGAAACUCAACUUUCACAACUGAGUUACGUGCCGGAACCGCCACUUUUCUCACCAUGGCUUAUAUUCUCGCUGUCAACGCUUCCAUACUCACGGACAGCGGCGGCACUUGCUCCGUCGCUGACUGUGUCCCUCUCUGCUCGAACCCAGCAAUCCCACUCGCAAACUGUACUGGGUCUUCUUUACAAAUCAUUCAACCUGAUAAUUCUUGCAAGUUUGACCCCGUUAAUCCUGGCUACGCUUCUUGUUUGGAGAAAACACGUAAAGACCUUAUAGUAGCAACAGUUGUUUCGUCGCUAAUUGGGUGCGUUAUUAUGGGCGCGUUUGCUAAUUUACCAUUAGCUUUAGCUCCGGGUAUGGGUGCUAACGCUUAUUUUGCUUAUACUGUCGUCGGGUUUCACGGGUCGGGUAAUGUUUCUUACCAGAGCGCAUUAGCUGCUGUCUUUAUCGAAGGUUUAAUCUUUUUAGUUCUUUCUGCAAUUGGGCUACGUGCACAGUUAGCUAAACUCGUACCUAAACCGGUCCGAAUCAGCUCCUCGGCCGGUAUCGGGCUUUUUCUCGCAUUUAUCGGGCUGCAGAACAACCAGGGAAUCGGAUUAGUCGGGUACAGUUCGUCAACCUUGAUCACGCUUGGAGGGUGCCCGAGGUCUUCACGUGCGUUGUUAGCUCCUGUAACCGCGUUAGCUAACGGCACUGUGUCAUUAAUCCCCGGGGGGACAGUUUCGGGUGAUAUUAUGUGUGUCCGAGACCGAAUGGAGAGUCCGACCCUAUGGCUUGGGAUAGUCGGGUUUGUUAUUAUUGCUUACUGUUUGAUAAAAAAUGUUAAAGGGUCUAUAAUAUACGGAAUCAUAUUCGUGACGGGGGUGUCAUGGUUCCGUGACACAAGUGUGACGGCGUUUCCUAACACCGUGACAGGAAAUUCAGCGUAUGAGUAUUUUAAGGAAGUUGUGGACGUACAUGUGAUUAAAAGUACGGCAGGGGCAUUAAGCUUUGAGAGCAUAGGGAAAGGGUCAUUUUGGGAGGCUCUGAUCACAUUUUUAUAUGUCGAUAUAUUGGAUACAACCGGUACCCUGUAUUCCAUGGCAAGGUUUGCCGGCUUUCUGGAUGAAAAUGGCAAUUUCGAAGGUCAGUAUUUUGCCUUCAUGUCAGAUGCCACCGCCAUUAUUGUGGGUUCAUUAUUUGGUACCUCACCUGUGACAGUUUUUAUCGAAUCAUCAACUGGGAUAAGAGAAGGCGGAAAGACAGGACUGACGGCGUUAACCGCCGCCGGUUAUUUUCUCUUGGCGUUUUUCUUCACGCCGUUAUUGGCGUCCAUACCGCCUUGGGCGGUUGGGCCACCGUUGAUCUUGGUUGGGGUGCUGAUGAUGAGGGCAGUGGUGGAGAUUGAGUGGAAUGAUAUGAGACAAGCUAUUCCAGCUUUUGUUACAUUGCUUUUAAUGCCAGUGACCUAUUCUAUUGCUUACGGUUUGAUUGGUGGGAUUGGGACUUACAUUGUUUUGAACUUAUGGGAUUGGUGCGAGGACCUCUUGCUUAAAGUUGGCAUCAUCAAAAGAAGAGGCGGCGGCGGCGCCCACGGUGGUGGGCUCAACGGGACGCAUGAGCAACAGGAUACAAGUGUGAAAGCAGGUGAAAUGCAAGUUUAGGGAGGCAAAUUGGGAAGAUAAAAGUUGCUAUAAUUUUUUUUUCUUUUUAAAUUCUUUUUGGGUAUUGCUUUUAGUGUUCUUUUCUUAGAUUAUAUGGUCACAUUUUUAAUUUUUUAGGGGAAGAAAUGAAUAGGGGAAAGGGAUUCAUUAAAGAAAGAAAGAAAGAAAAAAGAUUUAGAUGUAAAUAUGUUAAAAUUAAAUCCAUGUUUAGAAUUUUGUGUCA